AGGAGGAGGAGUAAGCGUAUCCCGACGAAGGCACUUCCUUGCUCACAGUAACACCCCGAGAAGAGACAAAAGCAGAGACGCAGAGAGAGAGAGAGAGAGAGAGAGAGAGAGAGAGAGAGAGAGAGAGAGGGGUUUUGGAGAGAUCGGGAGAGGGGAAGAUCGAGAGAGAUUGAUAUUGAGGUUUCGGAGAGGGAAUGGGAACAAGAGAGAGGGAGAGAGAUCUGGAGCGGCUGAUUCCGAUGCAGAAGGUCGGACCUCUUCCCCGAGACGACGGCUCUCCAUCGGCUCCGUCGACGUCUCUCGUUCCGUCUCUUCACGCUCCGGGAAAAGAGGCCAUUUACAAAGUCAUCCGUAGCUGGGCUUCCAAGAAGUUUAUGACUGGAUGCGUUAUCCUUCUUCCAAUUGCUAUCACAUUCUAUUUCACCUGGUGGUUUAUUCAUUUCGUGGACGGAUUCUUCUCCCCAAUCUACACCCAUCUUGGCAUCAACAUGUUCGGAAUGGGAUUUGUGACAUCCAUCACCUUUAUAUUUCUUGUGGGUAUAUUCAUGUCCUCAUGGCUGGGAGCUUCAGUCCUCAACAUCGGAGAAUGGUUUAUCAAGAAGAUGCCCCUCAUCAGCUACAUCUACUCGGCUUCUAAACAAAUUAGUGCAGCAAUCUCGCCGGAUCAAGGAUCUGGCGCCUUCAAGGAAGUAGCCAUUAUCAGGCAUCCACACAUGGGAGAAUAUGCAUUUGGCUUCAUAACAUCAUCAGUGAUUCUUCGUGGCCGUGCUGGUGGAGAAGAGCUCUUCUGUGUCUAUGUGCCCACUAACCAUCUUUACCUUGGAGACAUUUUCCUCAUCAGCUCAAAGGACAUCAUAAGGCCUAAUCUAUCAGUCCGGGAAGGCAUAGAAAUCGUUAUAUCAGGUGGCAUGUCGAUACCUCAGAUAUUAACCACACAGGAUUCAGAAACCAUUCAUAGGACAGCAAUAGGAAACUUUGCCGUCCCACCCGUUUGAAGAAAGCCCUUUUCACCGCUUGAUAACAUCAAGAUGUCGAAUCUGACAUGAAGCUCUUUGGUUAACAUCAAGGUGGAUUCAAUGAUUGGUGUCCAAAGCAUAGAAACCCAAAAGAUGUCAGAAAGUUUUGCUUGGCCUGAAGCAUGUGCAAGGUCUCAUCUUUAGGACUGAUUACUCGCGCAUGACAUUUAUGUAUACUUUUUCAGUUUUUGAUUAGUUUUUGUCUUAGAAUAAUCAUGUGAUAGUUUUGACAUUCAUCAAAUCUGUCAAGAGAAAGAUGUUUUUGGUA